GGUUUAUAUCAACCGGCUCCCUGAUCUCUCGCCCCUCCGAGUCAAUCAGACCACCGAUAAUCAUCUCACCCUCCUCACCCGUCACAGCCAUGUCGACUCCUCGCGUCUUCAUCAUCCGCCACGGCGAGACGGAGUGGUCUCUCAGCGGUCGACACACCGGUCGCACCGAUAUUCCCCUUACUGCCAAUGGAGAGAAGCGCGUGAAGGCAACCGGCAAGGCUCUUGUCGGCAACGACCGACUCAUUGCACCGAAGAAAAUUGCACACAUCUAUGUCUCCCCGCGCAAGCGUGCCCAACGUACCUUUGAGUUGCUUAAUCUCGGUCUUGAAGAUCCUCUCCCAUGGAAGCCCCACGGCGAGACGGAAGGCGACGGACUACCUUGCCAGGCCAAGAUCGAGAUCACUGAAGACAUUCGGGAAUGGGACUACGGUGACUACGAAGGUGUCACCAGUCCCGAAAUUCGUAAGAUAAGAGCUGAGCAAGGGUACGAGGGAACUUGGGAUAUCUGGAGAGAUGGUUGCCCAGGAGGAGAGAGCCCCGAAGAUGUCACCGAGCGCUUAGACAGACUGAUCCAGGAGAUCCGAGACAAGUGGCACAAGCCCGUCAUUGGCAAGCCUGCCGACGGUGCCGCCAACGGCGACGUUGUCAUUGUCGCCCACGGUCACAUCCUCCGCGCUUUUGCCAUGAGAUGGGCGCGAUACGCCCUUCAAAACGGCCCUACUUUCUUGAUGGAGGCUGGUGGUGUGGGGACUCUCAGCUACGAGCAUCAUAGCAUCGAGGAGCCAGCUCUUCUUCUCGGUGGUGCUUUCGUCGUCGAUUUUGACUAAGCCUAUGCAUAGUAGAAGUCCAGGCAGUUCUAAGAGUUUGGCUGGCACGGGGCGUACCGACUGUGGUCUUGCACGUUGGAUGGUUGUGGACAUUGCGUGUCGUCUUAGUUUAGACCCUUCUUUGUUCAAGUGAUGCCUACCGAGCCUGCAGUCCACCGGCCACACUCAAUGAUUUCUUAGUGGCUCUCAAAGAAGAAA